AUGGACACGCAAAUGCUUGGUACAUCCAGGUGUUGGACACUCCCCAGGGAAGACUGGCCACAGGCCAGGUUGCAAGCGGAGAACUCUCGUAACCGCCAAAGGUACCAGUUCUUCCUGCAGGUGAAACAGGACAUCCUGCAGGGCCGCCUCCCCAUCUCUCAGGACCUGGCCGCCGAGCUCGGCUCUUACGCCGUCCAGUCUGAGCUUGGCGACUACGACCCCAGGCGACACUCCCCCGGCUACGUCUCAGAGUUCCGGUUCGUCACCACCCAGACGGUCGCCCUCGAGAACAAGAUCGCCGAACUUCACAAAAAACUGAUUGGACAGGUGCCGUCCAAGGCGGAGAUGUGCUACCUGGAGAAGGUCAAGUGGCUCGACAUGUACGGCGUUGACCUUCAUCCUGUACUGGGUGAGGACAAUAUAGAAUACUUCCUGGGUCUCACUCCAUCAGGAGUCAUAGUUCUCAGGAACAAGGCGAAGGUUGGCAACUACUUCUGGCCAAGAAUUUCCAAGGUGUACUUCCGGGGCCGGUUCUUCAUGCUUCGUGUACGAGACAAGAACAACUCCGAGAACACAUAUGGGUUUGAGACGCCGAGUAAGGCUGCCUGCAAACACUUGUGGCAGUGUUGUGUGGAACAUCACGCCUUCUUCAGGCUGACACAGGCCUCGGGCAACUCCCCAGCUGCUAUCUUCUCCCUCGGCUCCAAGUUCAGGUACAGUGGGAGGACAGAGAAGGAGGCAGUGCAGGACGCCAAACUUGGGUCACGGACACAACCAGAGUUCACCAGAAUGCCCAGCAGGAGGUACCAACGGCGCAUUGUGGAAGGUGCUCAGGACACGCCACGUGUAGAGGAUAUUGAGGUGAAACCCGAGACUCGCAACACUAUACAGUUGCCAACACCAAUUGCUACAGUAUCACACAUGUAUCGCAGCACUUCCAUGACAUUAGCACCUCGUAGUGACUCCCCCCGCAGCACUCGGUCAGCACCUUACCCAGCUGGUGUGACAACUGGUGGUACAGCAACACUUCUAGGAGGUAGAAAUGGAGAUCACAGACCUCGAGGAGAAUCUCCCAGAUCUGUUCACUCUGCAGCCCCUGCCUCUCACAGCUAUGUGGUGUCUCGGCGAACCUCCAGUGUAGACAGCCAAUCUUCUGUUGAUUCUCGAGGUCACCGCAGGCACAGAAGGAGCCGUGGGCGCUCGUCUGAUGGGGAGAGUGAGGCAAGCAGUAAAUGUUCUUCUAGAGGGCAUCGUCGUCAUAGACAUCGUCAUCAUUCUGAUGAUUCAGAUCAUCAUCGCCACCGCCAUCGUCGUCGACGACAUAAGUCUGGUGGCAGCAUGGUAAACAGCGAGACCCAGUGGGCACAGGUACAGGCAGGGGAGGUACAGGUCCGAGGCAGUACAGCCACUGUGCGUGACCUUUCUCACAAAAGUGGUUAUCAGCCCUCAGGUGUAGAUACAGAAGCAGACUCCCACCAUCACCAGCACUCCAACAAAAAACGACACAGGAAACAUAGGUCUCGAUCACGGUCUCCCUCUGAAGCAAAAAAUACGCGACUGCCAGAUGAGCUUCGGCGACACCUGGAAUUUGAUCUUCAGAAGACACAAGGCCUAUCAGAGGCAGAGUUAAAGGAGAUUCCGUAUACCAAGGUAGAAACUGCUAAAACCAUCAAGAUUAAGUACACCUCUCCAAAGACGAAACGACACAAAAGUCCACGACGUUCUAAAAGCAACUCAAGUGAUCGCAAGGCUACUCCUCCAGCUGAUGGUGAAUCUCCACCUCCACCAUACACUCCCUCGCCUGCAGGCAAGACCAAUACAUUACCCAAAGCCAGUCAUAAGGACAAUUUGGGUGAUGUAACUGGGGCAAGAAGCCCAGAUGGAGGCAUGGUUAACGGCACACUUCGUCCCCCUGGCCCAAGGUCAAUUCAAGCACCAGUCUCUCGUGUAAAGUCUUCUGAAAGCCAUUCUUCAGGAGGUAACAGUAGCAGAGGUUCAAGUGGGGACUCUCCAGGAAUAUUUAGAAGCCACAAUGACUCUGGAACUCACACUGGGGCUGCCAAAACUUCUGCAUCCACCUCGACCAGUGCAACAUGUGCCAGCUAUGGCUUCACAAGCAGCUCUUCCCACAAGCCAGUGAUGGUGAAUGGCCCAAGUGUGAAGGCUCUGGUGACUAACAGCGCAAAUGGGUCCUCGCCAACACUCGGUCAUGAUGCAUCCAGUCCUGACUCCUCGGCUUUCAUGGAGGACACGAGUGCAGGUUUUGUAGCAACCAAUGGCUUUGUGCCUACUUCAGCUGCCCUACUAAAAAGUGGCACAAAUGAAAGGGGAUCCCAUUUCACAGCUGUCCUAAAACCACAGCCGAGUCCACAGUCAUCGGUGACCUCGGGAAUCAGCGUUGGGAGCUCCAGCGUGAGUAUCUCAGCUGACUCAACCCUGACCAGCGGCUCCCAACAUAACUGCAACAAUAAAGACACUACCUUUAACCACCAUCACCACCAGCUGUCAUCAACAUCCAACAGCCCAGACCCUGACGAUCAGAAAAGCUACGACCACCAUAGCUAUGAAAACUUUAGUUUCGACAAUAACAGCUACGACAACUCGACCAUAUGUGACAGCCCUGAGCCCUACUAUAGUAACUGCAGCUCACAUUAUGACCAACAACAGUCUGGACACCCUAAUACCCUUUAUCCAAGCCUUGAGCCUAUUACUCAACAUUCUACUAACAUUCUCAUUCACUAUCAUGAUCUUGACACUAUAACAUCAUCUACACAACAUCCCAAUAAUCAACCUGUUCCUCUCCCUAGAAGCUCUAUAAUAUCUUCUGUUCAUAAUAAUGAUUCUUCCACUCAUAUUGUUCAGUCUUAUGGUCCUUCCUCCAUGAGCAGUAAAAAUGGUACUAACUCUUUACAGAGAUCUGGAUACACAUCAACUGCUCCAAAGCCAGGAUUUAACUCCAGUCCCAAUUCUGUUGGACUUCCUCCUCUUUCUUCAUCUGUGAGUUCUUCACCUGCUCCUUCUGCCUCUUCUGUUACUGGUUGUGGAAACUCAACUUUACUUCGGCCCACAAGCAACCGUCCUCCUAUGAAAACAACUGGCUCUCAAACCAAUAUCUUGCGUACUACUGCCUCGCAAACUAACAAUUCUAACCCGGGUCAGAGAGCUUCUAGCAAACCCCAAUCCUCCAAUAAAACCGCAGAAAUGAGUCAAGGCAUCCAGACAACAAAUGGGACUAACCUAGCCCACUCUGCCCUGCACUGGAAGGUGUAUAACUGGGAUGCAUACAGGGAAGAGGCAGAGUGGUCUAAUUCACUAGGGCGCAGCAUCAAGGGUCAAGGACCAGAGGGUAAUCAAGCAUCAACAGCGGUAGUGAGCGAUACCACUAGCUGCCCCAACGGGAGCUUCGACCACAUUCAUGCUGCAGUUAACGGAAAAAUGCGUGGAUCAGGGAAGAUAAAUGAAUCCAUUAGUGGGACCUACAUGUCAGAAGGCAGUAACACUAAGACAUGUUAUACAAGGAAUGGUUAUUCCCAGAACUGUAAAGGGAUAGUACCUUUGCCUGAUGAGUACAUUCACAUCAACAGUAAAGCAAAUGCAUGUAAUAUUAAAGGUCCCAUGAUUAACUUUACUAAUGGGGACUCAAAUACUUACAAAACAGAUUACAUCAAUGGAAAUUUGCAUGAACAUGUAUUAAACCUGAGUAGUGGAAAAAGUUCUGGACACCUGAAGACCUUUGGUAAUGGUCAUGUUAAUGGUAAUAUUAAUGGUCAUUUAAAAGACUACCGUAAUAGUUCCACGAAUAACAGUUUUGAAGUAGAGAGCAAGAACAAUAAGAAUGUGACUUUUAAAGUUGAUAGCACACUAUUAAGGAACAGUAAAGGGAUUGGCGUAAAUAUUACAGUGAACGGCAAGUUGGACGGUGGUCACCUGAAGGGUGAGUACAAAAGUGAUUCAAAAGGAAAGUUAGGUGGUGAAGCUGCAGAUGAAAUUAGCACUGAACUGUGAUAGUUAUAUGUUGUUCUUGAUGUAUAUAGCCUUUAUUUUGUUACUCAACCACUCAGCUGUAUGUGUAUAGUUGCAAGUGCCAAAUGUAUGCAAAUCUUGAUUUAAUUUAAAUACAGUAAUGCAAGAUAGUUAUAUGUUUCAGAGAAGACAUUCAUGAAGUAAUGUUUUGUGAAAUAAAUACUUGGGUGUGGAGGCAAAAAAAAAUCUGUAGAUAAAUUGUACAGAAGGUAAAAGGUGUGGAGUGUACUAGCAAGAAUGGGUCAGACUGGGCUGAGAUUUGACCUUUCUUGUGUCUGUGUAUGGUAUGUACAAUAUGUAUGUAAUUGCCUAACUGUAACCUCAGUGAGUUAUAUUCUCAAUGUUGGAGAUUCAAAAAUUGUGUAUACAACCAUGUAUGCAUGCAUGAAUUGUCUGUAUAUAUAUGUAUGCAUGCAUAAUGUGUGUGUGCAUGCAUCAUGUAUGUGUAUGUGAGUGCAUGCAUCAUGUAUGUGUAUGUGAGUGCAUGC